CAGAGGUAGAAGUUACGAAGUUUAACGAGGAGUUUUUUAGCCGCAAAAAACCGUGAAAAUUUUUCUGCACAAAUAUCCAGUAGCUAGUAAAUUUAUUAUACACGUCAAAAACGGAUAACAAAGCGCAUUACCAGCGAUUAAAUCACUGACAGCUUUGCACAAUGGCAGGGGCAAUGAUGUUUGACCGCGCUCAGUCGCUGCAGAUGAACCGUCAGGACCUCUCCAAGAUUGCUGCCGACUUGGAAGUUGAUGAGAAUGACGAGGAGCAGAUUCGUCAAAAAGAGCAAAAAAUCAUGGAACUCGGUGAGGCCUAUAAAAAGGAAGGAAAGGCCAAAGAGUUGGCUGAUCUUAUUAAAGUGACCAGGCCUUUCCUUAGCUUCUUGAGCAAAGCAAAGGCAGCCAAACUGGUUCGAUCGUUGGUGGAUCUCUUCCUGGAUCUAGAAGCAGAAACCGGAAUCGAAGUGCAACUUUGCAAGGAAUGUAUCGAGUGGGCCAAGCAAGAGAAGCGCACGUUCCUGCGGCAAUCAUUGGAAGCGAGACUAAUUGCAUUAUACUUUGACACCGCCAUGUACACGGAAGCUUUAGCUCUCGGCAGUCAACUACUACGGGAACUUAAAAAGCUGGACGAUAAAAAUUUGUUGGUCGAGGUGCAACUACUUGAGAGUAAGACUUAUCAUGCACUUAGUAAUCUUCCGAAGGCCCGUGCCGCAUUAACCUCCGCUAGGACAACAGCGAAUGCAAUCUACUGUCCGCCGAAGGUACAGGCAACGUUGGACUUACAGUCUGGAAUUCUGCAUGCAGCAGAUGAACGAGAUUUUAAGACAGCCUUUUCCUAUUUUUACGAAGCUUUUGAGGGCUUCGAUAGUGUCCAGAGCCAGAAGGCGUUGACUGCGUUGAAGUACAUGCUGUUGUGCAAGAUUAUGCUCGGCCAGAGCGACGAUGUCAACCAAAUUGUCAGCGGGAAAUUGGCAAUCACCUAUUCCGGACGAGAUAUCGACGCCAUGAAGGCAGUUGCUCAAGCCUCGCACAAGCGCUCGUUGGCUGAUUUUCAGGAUGCACUGAAACAGUAUAAGCACGAACUGGAGGAUGACGUGAUUGUGAAGGCGCAUCUCGGCACCUUGUAUGAUACGAUGCUGGAGCAGAAUCUAUGCCGCAUUAUCGAACCGUACGCUCGCGUCGAGGUCAACUUUAUAGCAGAGCAGAUUGCCCUGCCGAUCGCCCAGGUGGAGAAGAAGCUGUCGCAGAUGAUCCUGGACAAAAAAUUCAGCGGUAUCUUGGAUCAGGGCAUCGGAGUACUGAUCGUAUUCGAAGAAACCCCGGUAGAUAAAACGUAUGAAACCGCUUUAGAAACGAUACAACAUAUGGGAAAGGUAGUAGACACACUGUACCAGAAGGCCAAGAAGUUGACGUAAAUAGCAACUGAAGCGUGCUCCACAUUGUAUAGGUACUUUUUCUAUUUAGGUUGUCCCCUUGUUCGGCGCUUCGAAGAUUUAAUGUAGGUUUUUGUCAUUUCAUAAUAAAUUGGCGAGCAUUCGACUUUUUUUUCUCACAAAUACUAACUAUAAUGAUCAAACGAAACACUCCUUGCAGGGCAGUGUCGACUGUUUGCCAUCACAAUUCUGGACAAAGAAAAACAUGUUUAACAGAAUUGCAACUUGAAAAAAUUGAAUAAGGUUUAUAAAGUUAAUUAAUGAUUACUCAAUUUUGACAUACCAUGAAUGAGCUGCGAGAAACAAUGUUGUUGGAUUGAUGCAGCGUGGCGCAACAGUAUCCGAUUCUUUAGCAAAGAAGUGCUUUCUUAACAGUAACAUGGUUUAGUAAGACCGUAAAUUCAGCAAA